AUGUUCAUAUCUCCAGAAAGCCUUCUUUGCGAGGUUCUAGGAAAAUCUUGCCGAAGACUACUCCCACAAGUUCUCGAAGUGAUUUUGUCUCUUUUACUAACAAGCAGCUCUGGCGAGCCUGCCGGUCCACUUUCCGCUCUCAAUCGAACUGAUCUCUCUCUUAGUUAUCGAAGUAGGAUAUAG